GAUCAGCUGUGGCUCGUGCGCCUUGCGAAGCAACAAGUGGAUUUAGCGAUUCUGAGCGAACUUGAUUCUUUGACGGAGAGAAACCAACGCGUCUGGUCGCGCGUGCGGCCAAAGCCGUUAAGUAAGCGGGAAAAGUAAGCGGAAGGCAGCCGUUCGAGCGGAGUUCGCGUUCCGUUGGCGUUUAACGGAUUUACGGUUGCGUUUGCGCAGUUCGAUGACGUGCGCGCGCUGCUGUGAGCGCAGGUGUUGUUGUAGGUGUGCAGGACGGUAAUAAAUCUGAUUUAUGAUGUGCGACUCUGGGUCAGAUGAGGAUAUAUCCCCUGAGGACGGAGGAUCGACGGAGUCCGUCCGCAAGGGAUGUGAUCCUCUCGUCUCAACCCAGCGCAGCAAACUGCAGCAGCGGAGAGCUAAACUCAACCAGAAGAUCAACCGAGAGCUUCGCCUGCGGAGCGGAGCUGAAAACCUUUACAGGGCCAGCAGUAAUCAGAAGGUGAAAGAGACUGUUGCGUUAGAACUGAGUUUCGUGAACUCGAACCUUCAGCUUCUCAAAGAAGAACUGGAGGAACUGAACAGCAGUAUGAACGUCUACCAGACCGAGAGUUUCAGCGUUCCCAUGAUUCCACUUGGACUGAAAGAGACUAAAGAGACGGACAUGACCGUUCCUCUUCAGGAUUUCAUCAGUGAGCAUUACAGUGAGGACGCGUCUCUGUACCUGAACGAGAUCCGGGAAUUUAUGGAACUAAGACAGGCCAUGAGAACGCCCAGCAGGAGUGAGUCGGGACAGGAGCUGCUGAUGGAAUAUUAUAACCAGCUCUAUUUCCUGGAUCAGCGCUUCUUCUCACCGCACAGAAGUCUGGGAAUUCAUUUUCACUGGUGAGAUGCAAAUGAGUUAAUGAAUUAAUCUUAGUCAAAGUCAGAGCUUCUGAUUAUUUUCAUCAGGUUAAAACGCAACGGCACGAUCCAGAAGCGCGAUUAAAACGAAAGUAAAUAAAUGUUCAACAUCGGAGCACUUUAUACUCAGAUCGGGGCCAGACAGGAUCGCUCGACACUGACGGGCAUUCAGAGCGCCAUCGAUGCUUUCCAGAGAGCAGCGGGUGCGUUUCUCUACCUGCAGGAGAAUUUCUCUCACGCGCCGAGUCUGGAUAUGAGCGGCCCUGCUCUUAGCAUGCUGGUCCGUCUCAUGGUAGCUCAGGUUCAGGAGUGUGUGUGUGAGAUGGUCAUACUCAGCGUGCAGGACGACGACCUGAACGUGCUUCUGCAAGCCGCCCAGGAGGCAGCGAGGGUGUCAGACGUGUAUUCUCUGGUUCUCCAGGCGAUGUCGGUGCCGUUACUGAAGGACUACGUUCCCUUCUCCUGGAUCUCUAUGGUUCAGGUCAAAACGCAUCAUUUCAGAGCGCUGGCUCACUACUACACCGCUGUGGCGCUGUGUGACUGUUCAGCAGUUCUGUCUGAUGAAGAUGACGAUGAAGGUCGAGAGAUUAAAGCUCUCGUACAGGUUCACACCAGACGGCCGGAAAAACUCAAUCUUCGUGAUCCCGAGGACAAGCGGAGACUCGGUAAAGCUCACCUGCGGAAAGCCAUCAUACGUCACGAGGAGGCCCUCCGUCUUCACGGCGUGUGCAAGAUGCUUCGCAAGAUGGACAUCCUGCAGGAAGUCCUGUCACACGCUCACGCGCGCUCGCUGGAGAAAUACUCCGACAUCGAUCAGGAGGAUGAUUUCUGCGAGGUCGCGGAGGCUCCGGAGAUCCAGUCUCACACACAGCAGAAGCCUGACAUUAAAGCUCCAGAUUUCAGCAGCGUCAGAGUGACUGAUAUCUUCCACCGACUGGGGCCCCUGUCCGUGUUUGCCGCUCGGAACCGCUGGGUGCGCCGCCAUGUGUGUCUGGUUCGAGGAGAGGCGGGGCUCGGGCUCACGCUUCGAGGCGAUUCGCCGGUUCUGGUCGCCGGGGUGUUGCCGGGGGGACGCGCUGCGGAGGCGGGGCUCCGCGAGGGCGAUUACCUGGUGGCUGUGAACGGCGCGGACCGCAGGUGGGCAGAACACGCCGAGGUCGUUCACGCUCUGAAGAGCUGCACCGAGAGAGGACUGGAGGUGGACGUCAUCACUCUACAGUCACACGAGGCCGAGAGGAGGAUGAAUCUCUCACCCGGCGGGGAGAAGGAGUGUCAGUCGGGCAGCCAGAGGAGAGCCGGCCGGGAAUACGAGCGGGGGUCCUCGUCUCUGUGGAACUGGAGCUGGAGGAGCGCUGGAGUCACCAAGAGACUCGGGAGCACCUUCAGCCUCUCCUUCGGGAACGCCAGAGAGAGCGAGUCCAUGUUCUGACGCAGAACAAAAGCAGUUUUACCCACUACAGCACGGUUAUCACAUAAAGUUAUAGUUUUUAAACUAGCUGCUUUAGAGGCAUGCAUUUCAUCACGUAAAGUUACCCUGACGGGGUUUUAUUAGCACUAUGCUGUAACGGGCCUUAUUCUAACUGUGUCUCGCAGCAGCUCCAGAAGGUAUUGAAGGAAUCGGUAGAGCGGAUGUAUGCGCCAUUACUACGGGACAGGACUUUUAUUAAGUUAAGUGAGAAUAGAGAACGAUCAGAUGCAGAUACAUGCGCGUGUACGUUCGUUCCACUUUAGGAAAUACAGAAACCAUGGCUAACGUAAAAACGGCCCGUGCGGUCGCCCUAGGAACUAGUCGCCCAAGAAUGAACAUUUGCUGGAAAUGUGCUCACCCCCAGGCCAUUCAAGAUGUAGACGUAGAGUUGGUUUCUUCCGUCGGGUUUGGAGGAACGUGCAAAACUGUGGCGAAUGGGAUGGGUGCCGUCAAGAACUGCGGCGAAUGGGUGCCGUCAAGAACUGCGGCGAAUGGGUGCCGUCAAGAACUGCGGCGUAUGGGUGCCGUCAAGAACUGCGGAGAAUGGGUGCCGUCAGAAAUGCAGGCGUAUGGGUGCCGUCAAGAACUGCGGCGAAUGGGUGCCGUCAAGAACUGCGGCGAAUGGGUGCCGUCAAGAACUGCGGCGUAUGGGUGCCGUCAAGAACUGCGGCGUAUGGGUGCCGUCAAGAACUGCGGCGUAUGGGUGCCGUCAAGAACUGCGGCGUAUGGGUGCCGUCAAGAACUGCGGCGUAUGGGUGCCAUCAAGAACUGCGGCGUAUGGGUGCCGUCAAGAACUGCGGCGUAUGGGUGCCAUCAAGAACUGCGGAGAAUGGGUGCCGUCAGAAAUGCAGGCGUAUGGGUGCCGUGAAGAACUGCGGCGAAUGGGUGCCGUCAAGAACUGCGGCGAAUGGGUGCCGUCAAGAACUGCGGCGAAUGGGUGCCGUCAGAACUGCGGAGAAUGGGUGCAAACUAUAGAAUACUUACCAACUAUAUCAGCUUAUUGAGACAAAAUCCAUAUACGGGCCAGUGUUUUAACAAUAUAUUUGACAGUAUAUUUUUCUUGCAUGGUUUUAUUGCCUGUUAAACUACAUAAUGCAAUAUGCCUAUAUACUUGUGAACAUAACUUAUAAGUACAUUAUUAUAACAAACACCUGCAGAGGGCGCCAACGGCCUGGAGCCCGUCCCUUCACAGCGUGAUACAUAAAUGACCUUUAAAUCUAUUCCAUUUUAACAUUCGGCCUCAUGCAAACUUUUAUUUUGCGUCCUCCCGUGGUUUAGAAAUGAUUACACGAGUUAUUUACCUUCAGCCGUUUCGAUUCAGAAUUAAAAGAAUUAGUUUCUGGCUUCCAGUGGAUUAACGGUUUUCAACAAACGCUCGUUUUUUAGGCGAACUGUUCCUUUAAGAAUGCACUUUUUUUGCACAGAAAAGUCUAUUAGGUCUGUUUAUUAGUUGUUGUCAGAAGCGAUUCGUUUUCCAGCUGCGCUCUGCCUUGAUUUAAAGCCGCACGUCCCGCGCAGGCCUCUUUAUCGUGACAAAUAAAUCAAGUGCUUCUUUCCCCAUUUAAACACCAUUUACAGCCCUAACAGUGCCUGCUGAUGCACACAAUCUCACAUUAUCUCUUUUUGUGCGAGCGUGCUCAUCACUCGGGGGCGAGAUCGGGCCCCGUUUCGCGCUAAUCCUAAUAAUGAUGUUUAAAGAAAAGCGCGUUCGGGAGUCGGUGGCAUUCAAGCCUCGAACCAGAAGCUCUCGAGAUGACAUUUAUAAGGAAGCGUUCUAACAGCUGACUCUCGUCGCGCUGGGGAUUGCAGGAAUGAAUAUGCAGUAAACAGUGAUGAAAUAUGGGUUAUUGCUGCCAAAUGUGUUUGGAUCCUACACCGAGCGGCUCCCCGGACGCGCGGCUGCGCUGGGAACCGAGGCGGCUCCGAUCUGGACAGCUUCAAGUCUAUUAGAGCAGACAAGGCCGAUUAAAGGAGCGCGUCUGAGAACGGAGCUGGAGGAAAAGUGUUUUUUUAGUAGAGGCUUCUUCAGGCCGCUAGAGAGCAGCAGCAGUCAGAGCAAGACGCGCCUAAUUAAAGCCCUGCUCUGAAAACACAAAUUUUCAUGCAAACGCUUUUUUUUCUGUGGAGACGAAAUCCUUAGACAUAAUGCAAUUAGACCUUUUUUUUUUUUUUUGCUUUGACGAAGUCGUGAUUUUCUAUUAAACUAAUUUUGAACUGGAA